AGCCCUUCAUCCCUUUCAAUCAGUCAUGGCAUAGUUGUGCUCUAUGUGAUUUAAUUGGCAUACCAUCCAUCACAGCUCUACUGUCAUUUCCUCGUCAUGGUUGUGAAGAGGACAGACAACCUAAAACGCCCACUUUUUUGUUGUUGUACUUGCAUUAAAUUUACAUCCUUUUUGUUGUCGUGCUUGGGUCAACCCUGUCACCACAGUGAAUCGAGUAGUCAUUUUAACCAGAUGUCAGGUAAAAUUUCGUUAGUUUGUUGUAGAACACGAUGACACAAGGAGGACACAAAUGUAUUGAACCACAUUAAUAAGAGAAAGCAGCAGCAAAAAAAAAAACUUGAGUGCCAAUAUCAGUAUUCCCUCGUACUGAAGUAACAAUUUAGUCGUGUUUUUCUGUUUUUUUAAAGCUUGGAAUAUUUAGAUUUAUGAUCUGAUUCAAGGUGAUGAAGAGGUAUCCUGUCAAUUGGACACAUGUGCCCUGCAGAUGCUGUGAUUUCUACACCUAUAUCUACCAUUCGAGGAAGAACCAUAACACGUAUUAACCAGCAUGAUUAGGGUUUUUCAAAAGAUUUUUCAAAAGGGGAUUAAUUGAACCAUAUUGGAUGGUUAUUUGGAAUGGAGACAAUUAAAGCAUCAGAGUUAUAAAAUAAUUUUUCAAUAAGGAUUCAUCAAUCAUUUCACCAAAUCCUUCCAUUCAUUGAGGAAGAGCUAACAACUUCAAGUUUGUUAAUUACUAUCGAAAGAAUGAUAUGGAAAGAAUAUGUUGAACAAGCUGAAGUUAUGCAACCAAUUAAACCUGCAAUAAAAAUGGCCUCAGAUUGCAAAUUGUAAGAUGAUUUAACAUAAAAAAAAUAUUAAUCCUACAACUUGUGACCUGCUUGGAUAUAUACCAAAGGUGAAAAGGGAACUUAACGGAUAAACUGAUCAUUCAAUAACAAAAAAGAAGAAGAAUGUAUUUUGGAUCAGUGCUGGACGUUUUAACCAUCAUAUCCUUCAGUGUAACUUCAUUGGGGAUAGUUGGAAACCUACUUGUUUUACUGAUCAUUUUGUGUACAAAAAAACUGAGGACCAAGAUGUACAUCUUUAUUGGCAAUCUGGCCUUGGCAGACCUUUGCUACCUUGCCCAUGAAAUGGUCGCUGGUUUCAUGAUGAACGUUCCGAAAGAAUUUUUCAUGAUAAGUACUUACGUGACAUUUGUUACAUUCACUGUAAGUAUUCAUACACUGGUCCUCUUAGCAAUUGAUAAGUUCUUAACACUGGUACUGGUGUUUAAAUCCAUAGUGUUUAAGACAUCAAGAAACCUUCUCAUCACAGUGGCUUUGUUAUGGGCUAUCUCAAUAUCUUUACUUUCUCCUGCUGUCAUUUUCUUUGGAGAUGAUCCGGGAUAUUUUAUCCAAAAGGGGCCAUAUAUAACAGUCAAUAAGACGAACAAUACGGACACAACACCGUUCAAGACUAUCUUCAUAUGUCUCUUUGUGUUGGACUACUUGGUUCCACUGAUUGCAAUCACAGUCAUGUACGCCAAGGUCAUUUUUCAACUGAACUCCAAGGAUAGGCCAAACCCAGUAAACAAUCCAGCAGACUCCAAGAUUAUUAAAGACAAAAGGAGGUUAACAAUUGUGAUGAUAAUAGUGACUGUAGUAUUUGCAGUAUGUUGGUUCCCAAGAUACGUGGACUUUUACCUACUUUUCUUCACAGAGGUGGACAAUACUAAUGAAUCAUAUGAGAUUUUUUCAGCUUUCGCUUAUUUUUCAGUGCUUAUUAACAGUGCUAUAAAUCCCAUCUUAUAUGCUUUUAUUUAUGUGGAUUUCAGACAACAAGCUCACAAUUUUUUCAAACAAAUAAGAACGACCUGUUGUAAGAAGAAGUGAAUUCUAAAUCUCUUCCUGCCUCAUUGGUGAGAAUCUCAAGGUUGUACCACAUAAGCCAGACAAUCUCCUAACAAAAUGCUGAUCUCAGUUAAUUUCAAAAUUAUGCUAAAAGUAACCAUG